UGCUAAUUCCUACGGAGAAUUACCAACACAGUCUUGUCUCUUCAAAUCCCUUCUUGAAGUAGUUGAUUACUCAGGACUUCACCAUCAGUACAAAGACCCUUGAAUGAAGGACAAUGAGUCGUAAGCAGACACCAAGUGAUUUCUUAAAGCAGAUCAUAGGUAGACCGGUGGUUGUGAAGCUAAACUCUGGAGUUGACUACAGGGGAGUACUUGCCUGUCUGGAUGGUUACAUGAACAUAGCUCUAGAGCAAACUGAGGAAUACGUCAACGGCCAAUUGAAAAACAAAUAUGGAGAUGCCUUCAUCAGGGGAAACAAUGUGUUAUACAUCAGCACACAGAAGAGGACGUACUGAGGACUUGCAACAGAGACUGGAAUCGGGAAACGAUCAAUGAGCCAUGAAAGAGGGCUUUCCGGUCCCCAUUAUGGAAUACUUACAUGGGAUGUAGUCAUAACUUUUAUAUACACUGCCUAAAAAGCCGAACUUGACCGACAUUGAGAGGCUAGUGUGGUUUUUUCUGUGUUGUAAUUAAAUUGGGCCAACUGUUAAGUUUGGAUGGGUAAGUUUGUACAUGAUGUACCUGUUGGCCUAAUAUAUUACCAACCAAAAAUUACCAUACCUGAUUCAACAAUUAAUUUGCCAGCAGAGAUCUCGCUAGUUCUUGUUUUUCAGUCCUGGAAUUAUAUGGAAGCAAUGGCCUUCAUUGGCCUUGGUGCCCCUUCAAAAAAAUUCCGUAUUUGUUUUAAUGAUUUUUAAAUGGAACUUACCUUCGCAAAACUAUAUCAGCCAAGCCCUCUCCAAGAUGAAGUUUAAGGCCUGUAUUUGCCUUUUUUUCUAUGAGGAGAUGGGAAACAUGGAGUAGCAUGUGGUUAUCAAGCAACACUUAACAGAUUCCUGGUAUUUUUUUGUCAAUUACAAUCAUUCAUUUCACAUGUUUCAAUUUAUCGAAGCCUAAAGUGGUCAAGGGUCACUGCCCAUCUGUGAACUGAAAGGUUGUUCUAACAGUAAAUAUUGCAUUAAAAAAUUAUACCCAAGAAAAACAUACUGAUGGAAUUUUGUUGGUUCCUAGCUUAUUUAUGUGUUUAACCCUUUAGAAAAUCUUUAUUUCUGUAUUAACAUUGCCACAUGCAGGCCCCAAACUGCAUGGAGGCCUCUGUUUCCCUUGGUCAUUGCCUUGAUGCCCUUUAAUUGUUCCGAUAGAAAUUUACAAUUUCCUCAUAGAGGUGUAUUUUUUCUAAGGAGACCACUUCUUGGUGCCCCUGCCCUCUGAAAAAGGAAGCGUUAGACCUACAUAUGACAUGGAGGUGAAACAGCAAUACAAUGUAUGUUGGCUUUUUUGUAUUGUAGAUUUUAUAAAAAUAAAAAAAAUUGUAAAUUCAUGACCCCUUCUUUGACCUUUUAUGGAAAUGGUUCGAAUCCUGUAGCUGUUAUGGGGUAUUAUGGUUUAAGCUGCCACUAAAGCUAGUAGCUACUAAAAAGUUAAGAUUCUCUGUGUAAAAUGUGAAGUUUUUGCAUAGACUACCUUCAUACUUUUAUUUUCUUACAACUUUGUUAGCUGAAGAAAUACAAAGAAAUUAAAUAUCAUCAUUAGGAAUAUAAUUUUUUUUAUUCUGAACACACUUGACUUCCGAUUUCUUAAUUUGAUUUUUGUUUGUUAGGAAUUUGUUUCCAUGUAUUUAAAACAGGGGGGCGGUGUACAUGUAAAAGACUAUCGUUAUUUUAAUUUUAUUUUUUUGAGGUUAAAAAAACUCCUUAUUAAAGUAAAAAUUGAUGUAUACAAGUACAAGAGGAAAUAAAACGAGGCAUCAGAGGUUUGCGAACAAACAAAAAGCUGUUCUAUGUAUUUGUUUAAUUUGACUGAAUGCUCCAGGGUUUAAAGUGAACCCAACUUUAAGAUAGAAGACCAUUGACCUCUGAUAAAACCUUAUUUUGACGCAAAGUGUUUGUUCCUAACGACCUGAGCUUGAUCUUAAAUCUGAUACUGACCAAAAAUUUGUUUUGAGUCGGGCCCAAACUUUUACCUUCACUCUAACAGAACUAUUCAACACGACCCUUAUUCCUGGUUCAGAAAAAGCGAUUUCCUUAUUUGAAAUUCCUGUUGAAACCCCCUGUUGAAACCAAAAGGAAAGGUUAAGGUGGGUCUGCUACCAAGGGCUUUCUGUCACACAAAGUUUGAGGCAAAGUAUGGAGUGGGAUCGGAUGAGCAGGAAAUUCUUGCUUCGAGUCAUCUUUGUUGUUAACUUUUUAAGAUAAUUGAUUACUUCUUCGAUCACAAUACUAAAAAAAAAACAUCUUUUUUAUGUCUGGUUUGUUUUAAUCUUAGUGUCUGUCCCAUUUGCUAAAAUGCAAACAAUUCACAUUACACUUCCAUUACAUACAUAUCCAGUUCCUACAAAAACACUAUUUAGACGUCAUGAGACGUUAAAUAAACAGGAAGGCCUUGUACAUAACUCAACUAGAUCUAACACUAAAAAAACAUUGGCACAUUUCACUAUAUUGUCAAUGAUGAGUAAAAAAUGGCUCAUAAAACCUCUACUUUUCCAACAUGAAUUAAAAAUGUAAAUAGUCAAAAUUGUUUGGUUAUUGCUAAGAAUUGGCAAGAAAGAAAAAUUCACAAU